AUGUCCUGUACAACAAACCCGCUCAACGAAUGCCCCCUCCACAGCGACGCCAUCCUCCCAAUGCAAGACCCAUACAUGAACCAAAUAAUCAACAGAACAAAGAACCACGAAUUCCGCAAAUACCGCCUCAAGCCUGAAGUGAAACGAAUCUGGUUCUACCGCACUGCGCCCCACUCCAGCAUCACACAUAUCUGCGAAACCCUGCCAGCUCGAACCCGGAAUCAUGCUGAUGAUGCGCCCCUCCAGGAAGAUGGACUCGGUAAUGCAGAGUUCAAUAAUAGACACAAGGACUGGAUCGGGUAUGAUUUUGCUUAUCGGAUGGUUUCCGUUUAUGAAUUGCUGCGUCCGAUCACGCUCCGGGAGAUGAGGGAGAAGUAUGGGUUUAAGGCGGCGCCGAGGGGGCUUGUUUAUUUGCCUCAAUCGAUUCGGGAGAGUGUUAAAUGGCAGGAGCAGAAAUUAUUGUUUCGUCAAAGGGGACAGUCUCAGGAGAUCUAG